CCUAUGGACCAGCUCUUAUUGAGCACUGUCUUAUAGAAAAUGGAUUCUCUGGCAAUGUCAAAGUGGAUGAAAAACUUGAAAGCAAAGAUAUUGAAAAAAUACUGGUUUGUGUACAGAAGGCAGAAGACUAUAUGAAAGAAACAGCCAACUUCCAUGGAAAGGGUUAUAUAAUCCAGAAAAGAGAAGCAAAACCAAGCCUAGAUGCAGAUAAACCAGCUGAAGACAUACUCACGUAUGAGGAAUUUCAUCCUUUCUUGUUUUCUCAACAUUUACAAUGUCCAUAUAUAGAAUUUGAAUCGUUUGACAAGGCCGUGGAUGAAUUUUAUUCCAAGAUAGAAGGUCAGAAAAUUGAUUUAAAAGCUUUACAACAGGAAAAACAAGCACUGAAGAAAUUAGAUAAUGUUCGAAAGGAUCAUGAGAACAGAUUAGAAGCUCUUCAGCAGGCUCAGGAAAUAGACAAACUGAAAGGAGAGCUAAUAGAGAUGAACCUGCAGAUAGUCGACAGAGCCAUUCAGGUAGUCCGAAGUGCAUUAGCCAACCAGAUAGACUGGACAGAAAUUGGCGUGAUUGUGAAAGAAGCACAAGCUCAAGGAGACCCUGUUGCAAGUGCAAUCAAAGAACUAAAACUGCAAACAAACCAUGUUACAAUGCUGCUACGAAAUCCAUACUUGUUAUCAGAGGAGGAAGAUGAUGAUGGUGAUGCCAGUGUUGAGGUCAGUGAUGCUGAACCACCAAAAGGGAAAAAGAAAAAGCAAAAGAACAAGCAGCUGCAGAAGCCUCAGAAAAACAAGCCACUGCUUGUCGAUGUGGAUCUCAGCCUGUCAGCCUAUGCCAAUGCCAAAAAAUAUUAUGAUCAUAAGAGAUAUGCUGCUAAAAAAACACAGAGGACGGUUGAAGCUGCUGAGAAGGCGUUCAAAUCAGCAGAAAAGAAAACGAAGCAAACCUUAAAAGAAGUACAAACAGUGACUUCUAUCCAGAAGGCAAGAAAAGUAUAUUGGUUUGAGAAAUUUCUGUGGUUCAUUAGCUCAGAGAACUAUCUAAUUAUAGGUGGUCGAGAUCAGCAACAGAAUGAGAUCAUUGUGAAAAGAUACUUGACACCAGGAGACAUUUAUGUCCAUGCUGAUCUUCAUGGAGCUACCAGUUGUGUGAUUAAGAAUCCAACAGGAGAACCCAUCCCUCCACGGACUUUGACUGAGGCAGGCACAAUGGCACUUUGCUACAGUGCUGCUUGGGAUGCACGAGUUAUCACUAGUGCUUGGUGGGUGUACCAUCAUCAGGUGUCUAAAACAGCACCAACAGGAGAAUAUUUGACAACAGGAAGCUUCAUGAUAAGAGGAAAAAAGAAUUUUCUUCCUCCUUCAUAUCUAAUGAUGGGAUUUAGCUUCCUUUUUAAGGUAGAUGAGUCUUGUAUCUGGAGACAUCGAGGUGAACGAAAAGUCAGAGCACAGGAUGAAGACAUAGAAACACUGACAAGCUGCACAAGUGAACUCAUGUCAGAAGAGAUGGAACAACUAGAAGCCGGUGACAGCAGUGAGGAAGACAAAGAAGACUUACAUGGAACUCCUGUAGAAGUAGAACUCCUGACUCAGGCCAGUCAAGAGGAUGCUGCUGUUCAGAGUGGCAGAGAUGAAUUAGGUGAGGAAUUAAUACAGGAAGAAAGCUCUGAAGAUGGAGAAUCCAAAGAAGUUACAAAAGACGAAGAGCCCGUUGAUGAGAUGAAGGGUGAGGAGGAAGACAACCUGGAUUAUCCUGACACCACCAUUGACUUGUCCCACCUUCAGUCCCAGAGGCCUCUGCAGAAACUGGCUUCAAAAGAAGAACCUUCUAAUUCAAGUGACAGUAAAUCACAGAGCCGAAGACAUUUGUCAGCCAAGGAAAGAAGAGAAAUGAAAAAGAAAAAGCUUCCAAGUGACUCAGGGGAUGUAGAAGUAAUGGAAGGAAAGGACAAAGCAAGAGAAAAUUCUGUGCACACUGAAGCUUACCAGAACACCAGCAAAAAUGUUGGAUCUGGACAGCCAAUGAAAAGAGGACAAAAG